UUUACUGUGUUUUCCGCUUUGCUAUUCCACGUUGGUUGCUGCUGUGUAUUCGCUGUGGGGUUUUGAUUUUACUCUUCGCCAAUCGCCAUGACGAACAAAUGAACUCACAGGGAAUGAAAUUUAAAUUCCACAAAGGAGAGAAAGUACUCUGCUUUGAACCAGACCCAACCAAGGCUAAAGUUCUGUAUGAUGCCAAGGUUGUUGACAUUGUCGUUGGAAAAGAUGACAAGGGCAAGAAAAAUCCUGAGUAUCUGAUCCAUUUUAAUGGUUGGAACAGAAGCUGGGAUAGAUGGGCAGCAGAAGAUCAUGUUCUUCGUGAUACUGAUGAAAACCGGAGAUUGCAACGAAAAUUGGCAAGAAAAGCUGUGGCUCGCAUGAGGAGAAAGGGGAGGAAGAAGAGACGGUGUAGGUUGCCUGGUGUAGACUCUGUUUUAAAAAGCCUUCCUGCUAAUGAAAAAGAGGAGAAUGAUGAAAACUCAUUGAGUAGUUCAUCAGAGGACAGUGACGAAGGAACUGAUGAAGAAAUAAAAAGUGAAGAAAGUGAUUUUGAAGAAAAAGUAGAAAUGAAAGAAGAACAAGAAAUUCACUCUAAACGAGAUAUGGAAGAAAAAAAUAUAGUCAUAGAAAUUCCUGAGAUUUUGAAGAAGAAGCUUGAAGAAGAUUGUUAUUAUAUAAACAAGAGAAAACGGCUUGUAAAACUCCCAUGUCAGACCAAUAUAAUUACCAUUUUGGAAUCCUACGUGAAGCACUUUGCUAUCAAUGCAGCAUUUUCGGCAAAUGAAAGAUUCCGACACAAUCAAACUUCAUCAAACAGCAACAUGAACCUUCACUAUGUUCCACCUGAAAAAAAUGUAGAGCUUUGUAAAGAGAUGGUGGAUGGUUUAAGAAUUACGUUUGACUUUACCCUACCACUAAUACUUUUAUAUCCAUAUGAGCAAGCACAAUUUAAAAAGGUGAUUUCCUCUAAGUUUUUUCUUCCAAUCAAAGAAAAUUCAUCUAUUGGCAGCAGAAAUCAAGAGGAAGUGUCACCAAGCCCCCCUCUUUUAAAUCCACCAACUCCACAGUCUACAGACAGCCAGUCUGCAACAGGAGAACCAGUCACACCUAAGAGACGGCGAACAGAAUCUGAUAUUUUACAAUCUUUGAGACGUUCUACACGUCACAGCACAAGCUGUGAUCGGAUGUCCGAAAGUAGUAGUUCUCCACAGCCCAAGCGACGGUAUACAGAAACGCCAACAUCUAUGCCCAAACUAUUUCUGCACCUGGAAAAAAAAACUCCUGUUCAUAGUGGAUCUUCCUCACCAAUUACUUUAACCCCAAGUAAAGAGGGAGGCUCAAUAUUCUCUGGAUUUGAAGGUCGACGAAACAAUGAACUGAAUGAGGUAUUGUCUUGGAAACUAAUGCCUGAAAAUUACCCUCAAAGUGAUCAGCCUCCUCCUCCUUCUUAUAUUUAUGGUUCCCAGCAUCUCCUUCGUUUGUUUGUAAAACUUCCAGAAAUAAUGGGGAAGAUGUACUUUGCUGAAAAAAACUUGAAAGCUUUGCUCAAGCAUUUUGAGCUUUUUCUAAGGUUCCUUUCUGAAUAUCAUGAUGACUUCUUUCCAGAGUCUGCAUAUGUUGCUGCCUGUGAAGCUUAUUACAGCACCAAAAAUCCUCGUGCAAUUUACUGAAUUUCACUCAUUACUUGACAACUCAAAAUUGUGAACUUGAGUGCAGAAAGAUUUCGGGAAGAUACGACUAUCAAAAUGAAUGUCCUUUUUUUGUUGUUGACUGAUUAGUGUAGUGUUAUAUCUAAAUAUUUAUUAAUUACAGCAUGAAGAAAAUAUAAUGGCUUAGGCGACAGUCAAGACCUCAAGACUCAAAGUUUUUGUUUUUUCCACUUUUAUCAUCUUGAAAUCUCCUGUCUUAUUAAAUGUUAACAAAUUAUCUGCAGUUUUUCUGCACAAUUUUAGUGUUUUUGUAUGUCUAGAGUUGCUAAUUUAAAGUAAAUAUAAGUAAGCAACUCAGUAUAUAGUUCUCUUGUUUUAAAGUAAAGCUAAAAUGUCUGUCCUUAAAGGGACAGUAUACUAUAACAUUUGUUUUUCCCUUAAUGUGUUUCCAAUUACUUUUUUUUACCGGCUGCAGAGUAUAAAAUGUAUGAGAUUUGCCUUUUUAAGACCUAUUUGUGUAUAUGAAUUAGCUGAUUUUGUGUUUUGAAGCCACAACCUAAAAAAAAGGGUUGAGCUUUGUAGGUAUAAUCAAAUCUCAUUAAUUUAUCACAUUGUGUACUUAUUCAAGCUUCUUUCUCUUAUCUACCAUAAACCAAUCACCAAUACUUGGAGAGAACAAUGGAAAAUUAACAUUUUAUUACCUUAUCUCUUCGAUAACCCACUGGGAGUGUAAAUUUCUUCAACUGGCUGUGUUAACACAGCUUGGCCUCAAGGCCAAAAACUUUCAGGAUGGGUUGGAAUACCACAGGCUAAAUAAACUAAUUCAAAUGCCAAUAUAAGGUUGAUGGAAAUACUUGUAAAUAAUUUAAUACAAUUCAGCAGGUAAAGUGGAUCAUUGGGAACAAAUUAAAGGGGAGAAAUUUUUUGAUUAAACUGUCCCUUUAAUGAUAACUAUUCAAUUCCUAGUCUGCAUGUCUGAUAUUUGGCAAUGUUACAUGGUGCAUUAUAAUUAUUAGGAUGUAAAGUAUAUGAUAUCAGUUCAAGGAAUUAACUGAAUUCAAGAGUUUUUUAUGCAAGAUGUUCUGUUGCAUUGCAGUCAGUAUGUGAUAUAAAAAAGUAAAUGAUUGUUUUCCCAAUUUUUAUGGGAAUAUAUA